GCACAGUGGUGAAGUGGGGCUGCCUGGGCAUCCUGCCUCUUUCCAGAACUGCCCAGGGAGAGGCCACGACCAUGGGGGAUGUGAAGCUGGUUGCCUCCACGCACGUCUCCAAAACAUCCCUCAACAUGGACCACCCGAGAGUCGGCUCCAUGCCCUUGAUGGAGGCCCCUGCUUUCAUUGUGCCCCCUCGGAAUCUCUGCCUCAGAGAAGGAGCCACUGCCAAGUUUGAAGGAAGGGUCCGGGGUUACCCCGAGCCCCAGGUGACGUGGCACAGAAAUGGGCAGCCCAUUACCAGCGGAGGACGUUUCCUGCUAGAGGGUGGUAUCCGAGGGACCUUCAGCCUGGUGAUCCGUGCUGUCCAGGAGGAGGACAAAGGGAAGUACACCUGUGAAGCCACCAAUGGCAGUGGUGCCCGCCAGGUGACCGUGGAGUUGACCGUCGAAGGGGGCCUUGUGAAGAAGCAUGGCCAGCCAGUUGAUUCCAGAACGUUGGGUGACCGGUUUUCGGCCCCUACCGUGGAGACCCGCCCUAGCAUCUGGGGAGAGUGCCCACCAAAGUUUGCCACCAAGCUGGGGCGAGUGGUGGUCAAAGAAGGACUGAUGGGACGAUUCUCCUGCAAGGUCACUGGCCGGCCUCAACCACAGGUCACCUGGCUCAAGGGAAAUGCCCCUCUACAGCCGAGUUCCCGUGUGUGCAUGUCUGAGAAGAACGGGGUGCAAGUUCUAGAGAUCCAUGAAGUCAACCGAGAUGACGUGGGAGCCUACACGUGCAUGGCGGUCAACGGGUCAGGGAAGGCGUCCAUGUCUGCUGAGCUUUCCAUACAAGGCUUGGACAACACGCACAGGUCUUGUGCGAGAGGCGCACAGGCUGCCAGUGCAGAUGCCAGGAGGGAGGUGACCAAUGGUAUCACCAAGGGAUCCAAACUGGGCAACCCGGAGACGGUGGCCCAGAGUAAGAGUUGCCCCAGUGCACAGACAGGCACCUCCCCAACCUGGGCCACCCACCACCAGCCUCAAGCCCCGAGGGACCCCAAGGCGGCGGAGCCAUCUGGAGACUCUGCAGGAAAGGACGUGAGGACCCCCAUGCUCCGGAAGACUUCGAGCACCAUCACGCUGCAGACCGCAAAAGUCCAGCCUGAGCAGAGAGCCCCUGGCUCGAGGCCUCUCUCUCCUUCCAGGGAAGAGCAGACAAGGACAGCGGCACCCCGGCCAGCUCCCCUCCACACACAGCCACCUGGCCUCCAGAGCCCAGGCACUGUGAGCAAGCCCGCUGCCAGGAAAACCCCCGUGGAGACCAGGAGCGGGUUAGCAGCCCCCAAAUUUGAGUGCCAGCCCCGGAACCAGGAAGUGACUGAGGAGCAAGCAGUCAAGUUCAGAUGUGAGGUUUCAGGGGUCCCAAAGCCCAACGUGGCCUGGUUCCUGGACGGUGUCCCCGUGAGGAGACGAGAAGGCACCGUGGAGGUCUACGAAGAGGAUGGAUUCCAUUACCUCUGUCUGCUGAGCGCCCGGACCCGGGACAGCGGGAGCUACAGCUGCACCGCCUCCAACGUCCGAGGCCGGGUGUCCUGUGGCUGGACCCUCCUGGUGAAAAGGCUGCCCAGGACGGAGGUGGCCCCCUCCUUCUCCAGCAUCCCAAAGGACUGCAGCAUCGUCGAGGGCCAGGACCUUGUGCUGCAGUGCUCUGUGCUGGGGACACCAGUGCCCCAAAUCACCUGGCUGCUCAAUGAGCGGCCCAUCCAGUAUGCUCACUCCACCUGCCAGGCCGGCGUGGCCAAGCUCCACAUCCAGGACGCCCUGCCGGAGGACCGUGGCAUCUACACCUGCCUAGCGGAGAACGCCCUGGGCCAGGCAUCCUGCAGCGCCCGGGUCACUGUCCACGAAAAGAAGAGUGACCGGAAGAGGGAGUGCCCUCUGCCCAUGGCCUCCAGCCAGCCCGUUGCGCCUAUCUUCCUGCAGGGCCUCUCCGAUCUCCACGUCAUGGAUGGAAGCCAGGUCACCAUGACCGUGCAGGUGUCAGGGCAGCCGCCCCCUGAGGUCAUCUGGCUCCACAACGGGAAGGAGAUCCAGGAGUCGGAGGACUUCCACUUUGAACAGCAGGGCACGCGGCACAGCCUGUGCAUCCAGGAGGUGUUCCCAGAGGACACAGGCACCUACACCUGUGAGGCGUGGAACAGCGCUGGAGAGGUCCGCACCCAAGCCGUGCUCACCGUGCAAGAGCCUCACGAUGGCACCCAGCCCUGGUUCAUCAGCAAGCCGCGCUCGGUGACCGCCACGCUGGGCCAGAGCGUCCUGGUGUCCUGCGCCAUUGCAGGCGACCCCUUUCCCUCCGUACACUGGCUCCGGGAUGGCAAAGCCCUCUCCAGAGACAGCGGCCACUUCGAGGUGCUGCAGAAUGAAGACGUGUUUACCCUGGUCCUGAAGAACGUGCGGCCCUGGCACGCAGGCCAGUAUGAGAUCCUGCUCAAAAACCGCGUUGGCGAAUGCAGCUGCCAGGUGUCGCUGAUGUUACAGUCCGGCCCUGCCAGAGCCCCGCCACGGGCGAGGGAGCCGGCCAGCUUCGAGGGCCCCUGUGGUGGAGGAGUCGGUGCUGAUGCUGGUGACCGAGAUGGGACCCUGAGGACCGGCUGGCCAGGGAGCGGGCAGGGCUGGCCGGAGGAGGACGAGGGCGAGAACGUGCGGGGGCUGCUGAAGAGGCGCGUGGAGACCCGGCAGCACACGGAGGAGGCCAUCCGCCAGCAGGAGGUGGAGCAGCUGGACUUCCGGGAGCUCCUGGGGAAGAGGGUGAGCACCCGGACACUGUUAGAAGACGACCUGAAGGAGAUCCCGGCCGAGCAGAUGGAUUUCCGCGCCAACCUGCAGCGGCAAGUGAAGCCCAAGACCGUGUCUGAGGAAGAGAGGAAAGUGCACAGCCCCCAACAGGUGGACUUCCGCUCGGUCUUGGCCAAGAAGGGGACGCCCAAGACCCCCUUGCCUGAGAAGGUGCCUCCUCCAAAGUCUGCCACCCCGGAUUUCCGUUCAGUGCUGGGCAGCAAGAAGAGGUUAGAGAAUGGUAGCAGUGGUGCCGAAGCCUUAAAUGCCAAGGGGGUGGAGAGCCCAAGGCUGGUGGGCAAUGCCAAGCCUGCCGAGACCCUGAAGCCUGUGGGCAAUGCCAAGCCCGCCGAGAUCCUGAAACCUGUGGGCAAUGCCAAGCCCGCCGAGACCCUGAAGCCUGUGGGCAAUGCCAAGCCCGCCGAGAUCCUGAAACCUGUGGGCAAUGCCAAGCCCGCCGAGAUCCUGAAACCAGUGGGCAAUGCCAAACCUGCCGAGGCCCCGAAACCUGUGAGCAAUGCCAAGCCCUCUGAGACCCUGAAACCAGUGGACAACACCAAGCCCUCUGAGACCCUGAAGCCAGUGAGCAACGCCAAGCCCUCUGAGACCCUGAAACCAAUGGGCAAUGCCAAGCCCUCUGAGACCCUGAAGCCAGUGGGCAAUGCCAAGCCCUCUGAGACCCUGAAGCCAGUGGGCAAUGCCAAGCCCUCUGAGACCCUGAAGCCAGUGGCCAACGCCAAGCCCUCUGAGACCCUGAAACCUGUAGGCAACGCCAAGCCCUCUGAGACCCUGAAACCUGUAGGCAAUGCCAAGCCUGCCGAGACACCGAAACCCAUGGGCGAUGCCAAGCCCGCCGAGGCCCCAAAACCUAUGGGCAAUGUCAAGCCAUCUGAGAUCCUGAAACCUGUAGGCAAUGCCAAGCCUGCCGAGACACCGAAAUCCAUGGGCGAUGCCAAGCCCGCUGAGCCCCCAAAACCUGUGGGUAAUGCCAAGCCAUCUGAGAUCCUGAAACCUGUGGGCAAUGCCAAGCCUGCCGAGACCCUGAAACCAGUGGGCAACACCAAGCCCAUUGAGACCCCAAGAGCUGUGGGCAACACCAAACCCUCUGAGACCCCAAAACCAGCCAGGAAAGAAGAACUCGAGGAAGAGGUUAAGAACGAUGUGAACUGCAAAAAGGGGCACGAAGGGGUCCUGGAUCAUGAAAAAAGAUCAGAGAGCCCAGGGUCAGCCCCCACCUUUAAGGAGAAGCUCCAGGAUGCCCAUGUGGCCGAGGGCGAGAAGCUGCUGCUCCAGUGCCAGGUGUCCUCGGAGCCCCCAGCCACCGUCACCUGGACCCUGAAUGGGAAGACACUCAAGACUACCCGGUUCAUCCUCCUCUCCCAAGAAGGCCCUGUCUGCUCCGUCUCCAUCGAGAAGGCCCUGCCCGAGGACAGAGGCUUGUACAAGUGUGUCGCCAAGAACAGGGCUGGCCAGGCCGAGUGCUCCUGCCAAGUCACCGUGGACGAUGCUCCUGAGAACGCCAAGGCCCCGGAACUGAAAACCCGGAGACCCAGGAGCUCUCUUCCUGGCGUGCUAGGAACAGAGAGUGACGCAACUGUGAAAAAGAAACCUGCCCCCAAGUCGUCCACCAAAGCAGCCAUGCCCCCGCAGAUCACCCACUUCCCAGAGGACCAAAAGGUGCGCGCCGGCGAGUCCGUGGAGCUGUUUGGCAAGGUAGCGGGCACCCAGCCCAUCACCUGCACCUGGAUGAAGUUCCGAAAGAAGAUCCAGGAGAGCGAGCACAUCCGGGUGGAGAGUGGCGAGGGCGGCAGCAAGCUCACCAUCCUGGCGGCGCGCCAGGAGCACUGUGGCUGCUACACCCUGCUGGUGGAGAACAGGCUGGGCAGCAGGCAGGCCCAGGUCAACCUCACGGUGGUGGAUAAGCCAGACCCCCCGGCCGGCACCCCCUGUGCCUCCGACAUCCGCAGCUCCUCGCUGACCCUGUCCUGGUAUGGCUCCUCGUACGACGGGGGCAGUGCUGUCCAGUCCUACAGCGUGGAGAUCUGGGACUCCGUGGACACGACGUGGAAGGAGCUGGCCACGUGCCGUAGCACCUCUUUCGGCGUCCAGGACCUGCUGCCUGACCGCGAGUACAAAUUCCGAGUGCGGGCCAUCAACGUGUAUGGGACCAGUGAGCCAAGCCAGGAGUCGGACCUCACCGCGGUGGGAGAGAAACCCGAGGAGCCAAAGGACGAAGUGGAGGUGUCUGAUGAUGAGGAGAAGGAGCCCGUGGUGGAUUACCGGACAGUGGCGGUCAACACAGAGCAGAAAUUGGCUGACUUCUACGACAUUGAGGAGAGACUAGGAUCGGGGAAAUUUGGGCAAGUGUUCCGGCUUGUGGAAAAGAAGACCAAAAAAACCUGGGCUGGGAAAUUCUUCAAGGCGUACUCCGCCAAAGAGAAGGAGAGCAUCCGGCAGGAAAUCAGCAUCAUGAACUGCCUGCACCACCCCAAGCUGGUCCAGUGCGUGGAUGCCUUCGAAGAGAAGGCCAACAUCGUCAUGGUCCUGGAGAUGGUGUCGGGGGGUGAGCUGUUUGAGCGCAUCAUUGACGAGGACUUCGAGCUGACGGAGCGCGAGUGCAUCAAGUACAUGAAGCAGAUCUCAGAGGGGGUGCAGUACAUCCACCGGCAGGGCAUCGUCCACCUGGACCUCAAACCCGAGAACAUCAUGUGUGUCAACAAGACGGGCACCAGCAUCAAGCUCAUCGACUUCGGCCUGGCCAGGAGGCUGGAGAACGCGGGGUCUCUGAAGGUCCUCUUUGGCACCCCUGAGUUCGUGGCCCCGGAAGUGAUCAACUACGAGCCCAUUGGCUACGCCACAGACAUGUGGAGCAUCGGAGUCAUCUGCUAUAUCCUGGUCAGUGGACUGUCCCCUUUCAUGGGUGACAAUGACAAUGAAACCUUAGCCAACGUCACCUCAGCCACCUGGGACUUCGACGACGAGGCGUUCGAUGAGAUCUCCGACGAUGCCAAGGAUUUUAUCAGCAGCUUGCUGAAGAAAGAUAUGAAAACUCGCCUGGACUGUACGCAGUGCCUGCAGCACCCGUGGCUAAUGAAAGACACCAAGACUAUGGAGGCCAAGAAGCUGUCCAAGGACCGCAUGAAGAAGUACAUGGCCCGGAGGAAAUGGCAGAAAACAGGCAAUGCUGUGAGAGCCAUCGGGAGACUGUCCUCUAUGGCCAUGAUCUCAGGGCUCAGUGGCAGGAAGUCCUCUACAGGGUCGCCCACCAGCCCACUCAAUGCAGAGAAACUCGAGUCGGAAGAAGAUGUCUCCCAAGCGUUCCUGGAGACGGUCACUGAGGAGAAGCCCCACGUGAAACCCUAUUUCUCCAAGACCAUCCGGGACUUAGAAGUGGUGGAGGGAAGUGCGGCCAGAUUCGACUGCAAGAUUGAAGGCCACCCGGACCCUGAGGUGGUCUGGUUCAAAGACGACCAGUCCAUCAGGGAAUCCCGCCACUUCCAGAUAGACUACGAUGAAGAUGGGAACUGCUCUUUAAUCAUCAGCGACGUCUGCGGCGAAGACGACGCCAAGUACACCUGCAAGGCUGUCAACAGUCUGGGCGAGGCCACCUGCACCGCGGAGCUCAUCGUGGAGACCAUGGAGGAAGGGGAGGGGGAGGGAGAAGAGGAAGAGUGAACCCCGAGCCAGAGGGAAACUGUUUCUAAGGCGUAUUGGAAAGACUAUGUCUCUAAAGCGGGAAAAGAAAAGAAAAAAAAACAAAACCACCUAAGAUAUUAAAAGCACCUAGUGUGAUAGAGUCUCUAAUGCCAGGAUGUGGGGGUUGGUGCCUGGCAGCAGCAUCCUCGGGCAUUAACCUGAACUAGCCAGCACCUGACAUGUGAGUGUAGGUAGUUCCAUUGAGGGGAAUCACAUGGCAACUUGCCGGACCAGUGUAUUUUAGGACAAAAGGAACCAUAGAUGGAUCUUUGUGCUGUAUCUAUUGCUUCUUUUGUUCUGUAUACUUAUUUGGGCAAAGUCACACAGUCUGAAGCUGAUAUGCCCGAGGCCAAAGUGAGGGGCCCUGGGACCUGCAACUGCACCCCGCCCAGGGGAACCUGCGGUGGGGAGCAGCCGCCCCCCCCCCCACUAACCCCUCUACCCAGAACUGCAGCGCUGCUUUCUGAAAGCCCCUGAGCCCUUUGGCACAUUGAUUCCAAAACUGGUUGUGGGGUACAGACGUUUGAACACUUCAUUGACCUCUGCCCCCACCUCCACCCCCACCCCCACCUUUCCCCCUCAUCCCUGGUCCUGGGUGGAAACUUCCCAUGAGUCCCAGGAAACAAGCUCGAAGGGCACUGUGCUUCUUAGAUUCUGAAGACCAGUCUGCCCCGUCUCUGGCUUCUUCAGGAAAAUAGAUUCUCCUUCCAGACCAAAUCAGUAAGAAAUCUAAAUGUAGCUCCACCCCCUUUGAAAGUGCUUAGUAGUUUCCGGCAUUUCUAGUUGACCUCAUGAAAGAAAACAAAACAAAACUCCUCCUUCCACCAGGCUUCAUGUGUGUGAGGGGUGGGGAAGGUUUUUGUUUGCUGAAAAGUUUGCCUGGAUUAUUUAUUGGCCACUAGGACACAUAUCCACGGGGGAAGGCCUUCUCCGUGUACUCUGGCCUCUCCUAGCAGAUAGUCUGAGUCUAGCACCCCUGCGCUCGCUCGCAGCACGCUCAGACGGGCUCUGCCUGCCGUACUUCUGGGUCCCCCAUGCUUUUCCCCUUGAACGCCCAUCGACCAUGCCCUCCCCCAACCUUGAGUAUAGCCUUAGACCCCAGGAAUGCACUCCGACUUGCAUCUGUAGGAAUUUGUUUCACUUUCUUUCACGACAUUGGCACUUAAAUGUUUCCUCGGAAAUCUUUUCUGAAGGUCCUGCGCAAAAGGCCAUCUUCCACUGCUAGACCCUAAAGCCUUUCCUGCGCGUGUGCGUGUGAGCGUGUAACAUUCCAAGGAGGUUUUUCCUUCCCGGCCACUUCACAUUUCCAGGGACCGCUUCAUAAUUCCUUAGGAACCCAGUUUAAAUUCCUUCAGUGUAACCCUACACAGUAUCAACAGUAGAAUUUCAGUAUGAUUUAGCUUGAUGCUAGCUUCCACUUUUAUCUGCCGUGUGCUGCUAGUUUCAAUUUGCCAGUAUUUUUUUCUUUUUUGCUUUUAACGUUUCAAUAUUUUUUCAUACUAGCCACAGUAUUGCCACUAUUUACUAUAAGAAAGGGCUUUCAACUUGACCUUGAGCGUUCAAAGCUUUUUUUUUAGCCCUCACUUUUAACUCUGUUUAGGCUGUGAUCUUGGUGUGCGUGUCCCAUGUGUGCGUGUGUGCCGUGUACGUGUGUUUACAGGUUGUUAGUUCCUUCUUGACAUGUGUUAACGUUCUCCCGGUUUACUGCGCCAUGGGAAUGGUAAAUGAGAACACUACAGCUGUAGUUAACUCACCGUUUUUAAAUAAAGGGUUCCACUGUG